AGGGUUGAGAGUGAGCAUGAUUUUAGAAAUAUUGUCCUGUGUUUAGUUGCUGUUGUUCAACGUUGGCCGGCUGUUUCCUCUGCAUACCGCAAACUCUCUGGAGAGAAAGGGCAGCAGACGCUAAUUGGUUUCUCAAUGAAAUAUAACCAUUAGUCCCACCACGGGAGGGACUGAGGAAAAGCAGCACCCAGCAUUCCCAAUCGCCGUUACUCAACUGUCCACAGAACCUUUUGGAGUGCAAAGGAGCCUCGACACGAUUUGAUCUCCAUAUUUCUACCAAAUAUUUUUUUUCGUUUUAGUAGCGGAUCGCAUUGGACCGUAAAACAUCUUUCAUUCCCGCCUAGAGAAAGUUUGUGCAGAUUCAAACAUGAGUGAUUUGGAAGAAGACUUCAAAAAGAUCCUAUUGAUAAAAGAGGAGAGAAUUAAGGACAUGGAGAGGCGUCUCGUCGAGAAGGAAGAAGAGAUACACGAAUUAAGACGAAAACUGCACAAAUGUCAAUCCGUUCUUCCCAGCGCGCAGAUAAUUGGACCUAGAACCAGGCGUGCUCAAGGCAUCUCAGCAGAACCUCAAGCUUACCGAACCUUCCAGGAGUUGAACAGUGAAGCAUUUCGGAAACAUUCAAAGUCUGACAGGUCCAAGGACUUAAUCAAGGAGGCCAUUCUUGACAACGACUUCAUGAAGAACCUCGAGCUUUCUCAGAUCCAGGAGAUCGUUGACUCCAUGUACCCAGUAGAAUAUGGCAAAGACAGCUGCAUUAUCAAAGAAGGAGAUGUGGGCUCCUUGGUGUACGUGAUGGAAGAUGGGAAGGUGGAGGUGACAAAGGAGAGCAUGAAGCUGUGCACCAUGGGUCCUGGGAAGGUGUUUGGGGAGCUGGCCAUCCUCUACAACUGCACCAGGACGGCCACCGUCAAGACCCUCACUAAUGUGAAGCUAUGGGCCAUCGACCGCCAGUGUUUCCAGACCAUUAUGAUGAGGACGGGCCUCAUCAAACAUGCCGAAUACAUGGAGUUUCUAAAGAGUGUUCCAACAUUCCAAGGCCUUUCAGAAGAAAUACUCAGCAAGCUAGCCGAUGUUAUGGAAGAGACGCACUACGGGGACGGGGAGUACAUCGUCAGACAAGGAGCCAGAGGGGACACCUUCUUCAUCAUCAGCAAGGGGAAGGUUAAUGUCACCAGGGAGGAUUUGCCCAAUGACAUGCCUGUGUACCUGCGAGCCCUGGGCAAAGGAGACUGGUUUGGGGAGAAAGCCCUGCAGGGAGAGGACAUCAGGACGGCUAAUGUCAUUGCUGCUGAUGCCGUCACCUGCCUGGUCAUUGACAGAGACUCAUUUAAACACUUGAUUGGGGGCCUGGAAGAUGUCUCAAACAAAGGCUAUGAGGAUGCAGGGGCCAAAGCCAAAUAUGAAGCGGAAAAUGCCUUCUUCUGCAACCUGAAGCUGGUGGACUUCAACAUCAUUGACACGUUGGGGGUCGGAGGCUUCGGACGUGUGGAGCUGGUAGGAUGUUUAAAUAAAGUGCAGCUGAAAAGCGAUGAGAUCAAAACUUUUGCGAUGAAGAUCCUGAAGAAGAGGCACAUCGUGGACACGCGGCAACAGGAGCACAUCCGCUCCGAGAAGCAGAUCAUGCAGGAGGCCCACUCAGACUUCAUCGUCAGGCUAUAUAGGACAUUCAAAGAUGCCAAGUAUCUUUACAUGUUGAUGGAGGCUUGUCUUGGGGGAGAGCUCUGGACCAUACUUAGGGACAGAGGUUCAUUUGAAGACUCGACCACGCGGUUCUACACGGCCUGCGUGGUGGAGGCCUUCGCUUACCUGCAUUCCAAAGGGAUCAUCUACCGAGAUCUCAAACCCGAGAACCUCAUCCUGGAUCACAGAGGCUAUGCCAAGCUGGUGGACUUUGGCUUUGCAAAGAAGAUUGGGUUUGGGAAAAAGACAUGGACUUUCUGCGGGACCCCGGAGUACGUGGCACCUGAGAUCAUCCUGAACAAGGGGCAUGACAUCUCCGCUGACUACUGGUCAUUGGGAAUCCUCAUGUACGAACUCCUGACUGGAAGCCCACCAUUCUCAGGGCCAGAUCCAAUGAAGACAUACAAUAUAAUUCUGAGAGGAAUCGACAUGAUUGAAUUUCCAAAGAAGAUCACCAAAAAUGCUGCCAAUUUGACUAAGAAACUAUGCAGGGACAAUCCUUCGGAAAGACUUGGAAACUUGAAAAAUGGAGUCAAAGAUAUCCAAAAGCACAAAUGGUUUGAAGGCUUUAACUGGGAAGGGUUGAGGAAAGGAACCUUGACUCCUCCAAUCAUCCCUGAAGUCGCGUCUUCAACUGACACAAGCAACUUUGACAGUUUCCCAGAGGACAACGAUGACCCUCCUCCAGAUGACAUGUCUGGCUGGGAUACAGAUUUUUAACGCCACCCUCCAUGUGUAGUAGCCUCUCCAGUAGCUCCCUAGUCCUGCCUCAUAAUUUACUUUUCUGGGGAUGCCUUUCAAGGGUUUGGCAGCAGAGAACAGAGAGACAGACAGUUGAUGAUGCUGUGAACGGACAGUGACAGUGAAUGGGGCAGUCGUACCGCUUUGGGUCACCAAGAUGCCUUCACCAAUGUUGCUCCACUCUCCUCCGAGGUGGCAUUGGGACUAAUGUUUUAGAACGACAAAAGUCUCUCACCAUCAUCGUCAACCAUGCCCCCCCACUGGAUCCCCUCAUGGAGAGGUUUUUGAUUUAUUCUUGUCACACAUUUGUAUAUUUAGGUUUAUGUAUUUGUUGUGGCUGUUAGCACUUACAAUACCAGUGUUUUCAGUGAUUACUUGUGAUACUGAGUGGAUUGGGACUGAGAGGGAGAGAUUCCUGCUCACUGUUGUAGCAUUUAUGGACCACAAUUCCAACGGGGGGGUUGACUCUUUUAAACACUUGUCAUCAAUAAUCAAAAUGUUAUUUUUUACAAGUUCCUUUGUAUCAUAUUAUACAUUUGGAUGUUACACAUGAUUACAACACAUAAAGAUGAUAUAUUGUC